UAGUGAGGAGAUUGGUGGGAUAAAGGCAGAACUCUCCCGCAUAUCAGAGGACAUGAAGAAGUUCCAGGAGGCACAGGUGUGUGGUUCUCAAGGUCAUAUUUCCAACAGACUGUCUUCAGACAAGUCUCUGACAAUGCUUUCCCCUAGACCCUGAUGGUUUCCCAGCAUCAAGAGGAGAUUGAAAAGUUAAAGGCUGGCCAGCGUCAUGUGUCGGAGGAAAUGAAGAAGGUCCUGAUGUCGCGGGACCAGGACAUGACUCUCAUCCAGGAUCUGCGUGAGGACGUUGACAAGAUAAAGACAACACAGCUCCUCAUGGAAGGAGACAUAAAGAAGCUUAAGGAGUCUCUUGCCUUAAUGAAGAAGCUGGAGGAAGACCUUAAAAAGCUGAGGGAGGAUAUAGCCAAGUGGAAAGAAGAGAGCAGCAAGGAGAUCUCUCAGCAAAUUGAGGCUUUGCGGCAGGAGACAAAGCGUGAGCUGCAGAAGAUGGGAGAGCAGCAGGAGAGGAGGAAUGCCAUGCUGGAGCAGAUGCUGAAUGAGACAGCCGACCAGCUGAAUGAGCAGGAUCAGGAGCUGAGACAGCAAAUGGAAGCCAAGUUUUUGGAGAUCCAAAAAGACUUUGAGAAACUCAACUUUACAUCAAAGAGCCUCCAAAAGGACUCUCAACAAAAGCAGAGGGAUAUCGAGAUGCUGUUCCAGUCUCUGGAGAAGCUGCAGAAGGAGAAGGCAGAUCAGCAGGACAUGCUGGCAGCAAUGGACAUGGUACAGUCUAGAGGGGCCUCUGUACCAGCCCAGGGGCUCCCGGGCAGGGUGACAAAUGCCCCUUGCCCUUGGGGGCUGGGGGCCAGAACUGGUGUGGGGAGGGAGAAUUUCCUGAGCUCAGGGGGUCCCUCACCCUCCAGAUGGUGGGACCAAGCUCACCAGGCUGAUGGGGCAAAUGGGGCCACAGCAGCCUGAAAGGGCCAUGCUGGCCUGGGGGAAGCACUCCUCCCUCUCCCCUCACACACGCUGGCCCUGCCUGUCCUUCCUCAUCCCUUUCCCCACCGCUCUCCUGCUCUUCCCCUCUGCUAGAAGGCGGACAAAGCUGCCUUGGGCAGCAAAGUCAAUUGCAGCCAGUUUGAAGAGAACAUGGAGGAGCUGGAUGAGAGGAUGGAGGAGUUGCAGAGCCAGAUUUCAGGCCAGGAGCAGCACUGGAAUAAGAUGCAGCAGCAGUUCAGUGAUUCAAUGGAGGAGAAGGUGAAGGGUACCUCAUCCCCACCUUGAGGAACUGGCACCUUUGGGACUUGGCAGCCUGAGGCAGCAUCCCUCUGAGGAUCCCCCUCCAGGCUUUUCCCGGGAGAGCUCCAUGUCACCUCCUGGGGCAGCUGGCUGAGGCUGUGCACCUGUUCACAGCUGGAUCGCCUGGAGCUGAAGACUUUCCGCAAACACCUGGAGGACUCCUGGAACAGGAACAUGGAGGCUCUCGAGAAUAGGUUGAGGCGUGAAAACGCCGCUGGGAUUAAGAAGUGAGUGUGAUGGAGACACUGAUGGCUUUGGGAACAGUGAUGGUCCCAUUCCCUCCAGCUCUCCCACACACUGCCCCUCUGGUCCCCUGCCACGGCACCAAUUCCACUGCUAAAUGAACCUCAGGGAAGCUGAUGAAGCAGCUGCACCUUCUCCUUCCACCAGCAGCAGGUUCCACACAGGCAAGGAAGAACAAGAGAGGGCACCUGCAGGA